GACCACAAGAGGCGGCCUCGCCUGCCCUGUCCCGGCUCCUGGCGGCCCCGCCCGGCCCCGCCGGGAGCCGGGCAGCGGCGGGGCAGUUUCUCGCGCCCAAAUUCUCUGAUACCAAAUGAAAAAAAUAAUAAAUUUAAAAAAAUUCAGAUUAGGGCGCCAAAAAGUGAUUGCAGAAAUUGGAGCGCGCAAUCCCUCAUUGCAGUCCCACUAGGCACUCCAGUCUUCUCGAUCGCGCCUGACCCGGCCGCCGCCUCCGCCGCCGCCGCCGCCGUUGCCGUCAGACGACCUCCGGCCGGCGUCCCCACCUCUCGCCGGCCUCGCUUUCCCGCCAUCACCAGCCUCCUCGCUCUUCGUUCUUUGGAGGGUAUGAACCAUGCUUGCCAUUUCAUAGCUACGAAGUCCAUAAAUUUUGGUGCUGUUGCUGCCAAGAAGUCGUUCAUUUUUUUACCAAAGUUUUCUCAGCAGUCUUGCAUCCGGGGGAUUAGAAUGGAGAAGGGUCAGAACAACUGCCUAAAUGGUGGCGGCAGUGAGUCAAGAGGUGCUCUUAUUGUUCUAGAAGGAUUGGAUCGUAGUGGUAAGAGUUCGCAGUCAACAAGGCUGCUUUCUUUCUUGGAGGGACUGGGGCAUUCGACUGAACUGUGGCGAUUUCCGGACAGAACUACGAGCAUUGGUCAGAUGAUAUCUUCCUACCUCUCUAAUGAAUCACAGUUAGAUGACUGCACGACACAUCUACUAUUCAGCGCUAACAGAUGGGAGAAGAGAUCUUUGAUGGAAAAAAAGCUGAGAUCUGGUACUACCCUCAUUGUUGAUCGAUAUUCAUACUCUGGCAUUGCUUUUUCAUCUGCCAAAGGACUUGAUUUUGAAUGGUGCAAGGCACCAGAGAUUGGUUUGGUGGCCCCAGAUUUGGUCUUCUAUCUGGACAUACCACCUGAGAAAGCUGCAGAGAGAGGAGGAUAUGGAAAUGAGCGGUAUGAGAAACUUGAGUUUCAAAGGAAGGUUGGUAAAAGCUACCAGGCUCUGCGCGAUGCCUCAUGGCAGAUUGUAGAUGCUCUGUUGCCAAUGGAUGAAAUAGCAAAACAGAUGCAGGAGACUGCGAUCAAUUGUGUCUUGGAAUGUCAAAAGGGCAAGCGCCUUUCACAUCUAUGGUCAUGUUGAUUCUGUCUAGCAACAUUGAAGACCUCGAGCACUACUGGCUGGUUGUUUUAAGCUAGAGCGUUCUGCGGCUAUUUAUAUCUUAUCGUAAGAGGAAAAUCUUAUGCGCUGUUUAGCUAUGAAACUUUUUACCGUUUCAGGACCGGCAUGAAGUGUGAUAUUGCUUUGUGAGUCAACAGUAUUACAAUGAGUUUUGCGCGCGGAGUUUUGUCUACAUUUGGAUUUUCUCUUUGUAUUUCGUGUUUGUAUCACCCUAAGAUGGAUUGUCAAACAAAUUUUAUCCUCUAACGAUUAUGAAGUCAUUAUAUUGGAUUACACAUUCGCGA